AUGGAAAAGGGAAAAUUGCAACAGACUUUUCACCAUUGUAAAGAACCCACCUUUAUUAACCAAGCCAUCCUAUCUAGCAAUUCUCAUUCUAGUGGUUUGCCAGGAACAGAGAGUGUCAAUCGUACUGAAAAAAUAAAGAUAAACACUCCCAAAAAUAGACCUGGAACUGUGAUACUAUCGAGAUGGUCAAGUAGGAGAAUUAUGUCAGAAAGCCAGUUUAGUCCCCCUGUGAUCCCGUCCCGCAGGCCUGGAUUCAGGGUGUGCUAUAUCUGUGGCCGAGAGUUUGGCUCCCAGUCACUUGCCAUUCAUGAGCCCCAGUGCUUGGAGAAGUGGCGUAUUGAAAACAGCAAGUUGCCCAAGCACCUGAGGAGGCCAGAACCCUCCAAGCCACAGCCUCUCAGUGGCAGUGGAUCCUACAAUCUUCAGGCAGCUAAUGAGGCAGCGUUCCAGAGUGCCCAGGCUCAGCUGCUGCCCUGUGAAUACUGUGGCCGUACGUUCUUGCCAGAUCGUCUUCUAGUUCACCAGAGAAGCUGCAAGCCAAAGGGUGAGGGUCUCAGAGCACCAAACCCCAACAGCUGUAAUGAUCUUGCUAGCCUCAAGAAAGCACCUACUGGAAUCCCAGCCAGGCCAAGGACUCUCAUCUGCUACAUCUGUGGCCGGGAAUUUGGCACCUUGUCCCUUCCUAUUCAUGAGCCCAAAUGCCUGGAAAAAUGGAAAAUAGAAAAUGACCGGCUCCCCAGGGAGCUCCGCAGGCCACUCCCACAGAAGCAAGAGCCUCUUUCAACUGGACAGUACAGCCAAGAGGGGCAAAGUCAAGCUCAGCUUGUGCCCUGCCCAAAUUGUAGCCAGACCUUUGCUCCAGAUCAUCUUCCAGUGCACCAGAGAAGUUGUAAAGCUCAACCUAGUGGGCCAAAAGGUCAGAAUUUCACCUUGGGGAGCAAAGGUGGCUUAAAUGAGUCCACUAACUCCAAACAGCAAAGGAACAUGGCAGCACCCACUGUGUCUGAUAAGGUAAUUCAUGCCACAUAAGAUCCACUAGGUGGACCAGGGGGCACAUUUUGCCUCUAG